GCUGUGUGCUCAGAUUUUCGGCAGCCCGUGAAGGCACCGCCUCCAUCAGCCGUAGUGACCGGACAGAAGCGGACGGAGCGGCGCCGUGAAGCGGUCAUUCGUCCCCCGCGGAGGGUAAACUCAGCUCACGGGUUCUCUAGACAUGAACGAGGAGAUGAGUGCAGCCGUUGUGGCGUUGAUGUUUCUCUUCGCCGUGAGUGACGGCUCGUUCGGUGCCGGUACCGACUGCAGCCCGUCCACGAUGGAGGCCAACAGCGCGGCGCGUUUACUGUCAUCUGUCAUCGACGCGCAGAGAGCCGAGCAGAGCCGGAGGCAGCAUCUGGAGGCCCUGUUCAACAGAUAUGGAGAAAAUGGCACCAUCUCUCUGGCUGGGUUAAAGCGUCUCCUUCAGAGCGUCGGAGUGGAUCGCAUCAGGACCGUGACCGUGCAGCAUCACGAGCAGCCUGGACACCAUCACCACCACCACAAAGGCCACCACCAUCACCAUAACAACAACUUACAUCACAAACACGCCCACAGCGACCUUUCACAGCUCAGGAAGUUUCCAGAGACCCCCGACAACCAGGGCAGUGCACUGGGGAAGAAAAGUGAGGAUCCAGAUAGUCUUCUAAACCUCUAUGACAAGAAAACCACGGCGGUGGUGGCGGCUCAGGAGGUCAGCACCACAGUGACUUACAGCGCUCAGCUGGUGGUGGAACCACAAGAUGGGAGCCAGGACCAACUUUCAGGGGAUGAAACCAUCAGGACCACUGCUGCCAGACCCGUCACCGGGAACCUGCAGUUGACUGCAGUCAGCCGGGGGGAUGAUCACAGCAAUGAUCACGACCACGACCACGAUCACGACCACGAUCACGACCAUGAUCACGAUCACGAUCACGACCACGAUCACGACCACGACCAGGAUCAUCACCACAACCGCAGCCUGAACAGUUCAGAGUGCCUGAACGCCUCCUCCAUCCUCUCCUCUCAUGGGAUGUCUCAGGAGGUGGGCGUCUCCCUCCGAGACUUCAGCUUCCUGUGCCCCGCCCUCCUCAACCAGAUCGACGGGGGUGCGUGCAUCCUUCACGGAGACGCGACGGCACACAGCGCGAGAGAUCAUAAACAUCACAAGCACGCUCACAGUCACCAUGGAGACCACAACCACUCUCAUAACCACAGCGAGCACACGGGCGGGGAGAGCAGCAGAAACAUCACCACAGCGUGGGUCGGCGGGUUCCUCUCCAUCACCAUCAUCAGUCUGCUCUCUCUGCUCGGCGUGGUCCUCAUCCCCCUCAUGAACAGAGUGUUCUUCAAGUUCCUCCUCAGCUUCCUGGUGGCGCUGGCCGUGGGCACGCUGAGUGGCGACGCCUUCCUGCACCUCAUCCCCCACUCUCAGGGAGGCCACCAUCAUCACCACGACGAUGCAGAGAUGGAUGUGAUGGAGCACCACCUCCACGACGAGCGAGAGGAAAACCUGGACGCGGUGUGGAAGGGCCUGACGGCUCUGAGCGGAGUCUACGUCAUGUUUCUCAUCGAGCACUUCCUGACGCUGGGAAAAAUGUACAAGGAGAAGAAGCAGAAGAUCCAGAAGAAGUGGGAUCAGAGCGAGAAAGCGGACCUGGAGAAGCAGCCGACUGUGGAGGAGAACAGCGUGAAGCCGAGUGAAGAUGUGGAGACUAACGGCGCCAGUACGUUUGGCGACCCCUCGAGCAGCCUGCACGGCAGCAGCGUGGCGGAGGAGGAGCAGGUGAUGCUGGCUCCGCAGGUGUCCGUCGUUUCGCCGCAGGCGUACGGCCGAGCGUCGGGGGCCGCCGCCGGCUACACCGACGAGGACUGCGAGAACAAAUGCCACUCCCACUUCCACGACACGGUGGGCCAGACGGACAGCAUGCACCACCACCACCACGACUACCACCAUAUCCUGCACCACCACCACUCGCAGAACCACCACCCGCACAGCCACUCCCACUCCUACUCGGAGCAGCACUUCCAGCAGGCGGGUGUGGCCACGCUCGCCUGGAUGGUCAUCAUGGGAGACGGACUGCACAACUUCAGCGACGGCCUCGCUAUCGGCGCUGCCUUCACUGAGGGGCUGUCCAGCGGUCUCAGCACAUCUGUGGCUGUUUUCUGCCACGAGCUGCCUCACGAGCUGGGUGACUUUGCGGUGCUCCUGAAGGCCGGCAUGACGGUGCGUCAGGCUAUUCUUUACAACGUGCUGUCGGCCAUGAUGGCCUACCUGGGAAUGGUCACCGGGAUUCUGAUCGGACACUACGCCGAGAACAUCUCCACGUGGAUAUUCGCCCUCACGGCCGGGCUCUUCAUGUACGUGGCCCUGGUGGACAUGGUUCCUGAGAUGUUGCACAACGAUGCCGGCGAUCACGGCUUCAGCCACUGGGGCUUCUUCCUCCUCCAGAACGCCGGCAUCCUGCUGGGCUUCUGCAUAAUGCUGCUAAUCGCCGUUUUUGAGCACAAAAUCCAGCUGGACCUGGGAUACUGAGGGAGAGGUGCUCAGUCCUCAGCUCCAUCCAGUGUCUCCAUCAGAUGUGUAGUGUUUUUAUUUGUUAUCAGCCUGAGUUAGCUUUGACACUGUGAAGCAGGAACGCAUCGCUUCAAACACGAGACUGAUCUGUGACGGAGCAGCUGAGGGAAACAUCUCAGAGCUCCUGAGGCUCAAACGGAGAUCAGGUGUUAAAGUAGCUUUUAAACUUUUGUUUCUUUGUGUUACACAUGCAGCAAUUUUUGUUUACAAACUCACGACCACCACAAGUGGGAAAAAUCUGGGGUCCAUCCAGGAUCAGCUGUUAAUUUUUCUUAGUGAUGAUAAACUCGUGAAGUAGAAAUCUGCUUCCACCAGCCCGGAGCUCCUCUGAGGGACCAUAUUUGUUUCCGUUUGUACUGAUUUUGUUUGUUUUUAUGUUUCUGCUGAUCAGCGUUACAGUGGAUCCAAACCACAGCGUCCUCUAACGAUGAUGUCCAAACAAAAACUCUCUGCCAAAAUGAUUGUGAUAAAAAAUCCAGUUUGUCCCAGUCAAGUCUGAGACUGAUGAUUGUUGUUAAUUAAUCCUUUAAUUCUUCAGAUUAAAUGUGGCUGAUUGGCUGUCAGAGUUCAGACCGAACUUUUUCUCCACCAAAGUUUCAAACCUGAAAGUCCAGCAGGAAAAAAGAAUCAGAAAUAUUCUCGCUUGUUCAGUUUGGCUCAAACUGGGAAACAGAAACAGAAAACAUUAUUUCAGUGACUCGUUAAAUGUUUCAUUGAUGCUGGUGUAGAAAUGCACUCACGUUACAGACUCAGUUACCUGAUUAAACCCGUUUAAAGACACAAGUUUAACUUUGUUUCUGUUACCUGCUGGAAUCCGUCUGGUCACCGGGUUCAGCCUGGGUUCAUGUUCACUGAGUUCAGAUCUGAUCUGCUCGAAUGAAAAAGAAUCUGAGUUUCUUUUUCUCCUUCCUGUGGAUCUGAAAUCUGCUCCAAACAUUUUGUUUUUGUUUCUGUCGUCAAACCAGCUGAUUGAGGAAAAACUGAUGAAGUUUUGUGCUCCUGGUAUUCCAGACACAAAGGUGAUCCUGAGCAGACUGAAGGAGAUCUGUGCAUUUUUUUUUAAUGUUUUUUAAAUGUAUGUUUAGUUGUUAAUGCGGCAGCUCAGCAUAAAGAGUCUGUUAACCUGUUCCACCCUCAUGCAGCGGCUGGACGAGGACUCAGAGAUCGAACUGUGAGCGUUCGGCAUCGUGUGAUCGAUUCGUGUUUCAGAGGCGGCUCUGAGUUUAAGCUCGGCUCAGACGCUCUGAGUACAUCACAUAUGUAACUGUAUGUGUACUUUGAUGUGCAGUACUUCAAAGGCAUGAUGUUCAUUUGUUUGACUUCUGUGAUGUUUGAAGAUCAUAAAGUGAUUGUUGUGUAAUUUGUGUAAAAAUUGAGGAUUUUAUUCAUGUUUGUGUGUUUGUGGAUAAAAUCACAGAAACAUCA